AUGGGGAGGGGCAAGAUUGAGAUUAAGAGGAUUGAGAACUCAAGCAACAGGCAGGUCACUUACUCUAAGAGAAGGAAUGGGAUCAUUAAGAAGGCCAAGGAAAUCACUGUUCUAUGUGAUGCUAAGGUUUCUCUUGUCAUCUUUGCUAGCUCUGGAAAGAUGGUUGAAUACUGCAGCCCUUCAGUCACGGUGACUGAUAUCUUGGAUAAGUACCAUGGCCAGGCUGGGAAGAAGUUAUGGGAUGCCAAGCAUGAGAACCUCAGCAAUGAAGUGGAUAGAGUCAAGAAAGACAACGACAGUAUGCAAGUCGAGCUCAGGCAUCUGAAGGGGGAGGAUAUCACAUCUUUGACCCACAAAGAGCUGAUGGCCUUAGAGAAUGCACUUGAAAAUGGCCUUGCAAGUAUCCGGGACAAGAAGUCCAAGUUCGUCGACAUUCUCAGAGAAAAUGAAAGAGCACUGGAAGAGGAGCAUAAGCGCCUCACUUAUGAGCUGCACAAACAGGAGAUGAAAAUUGAAGAGAAUGUGAGAGAGUUGGAAAAUGGGUAUCAUCAGAGGCUGGGGAACUACAACAACCAGAUACCGUUUGCCUUUCGUGUUCAGCCUAUUCAGCCAAAUCUGCAGGAGAGAAUGUAA